AUGGCUCCGUACCUGCAUCUGACCCCUGAAUCAGCACUCCAAGGAAAGCAGAUGUGUGUGGUUCCAUGGCAUCACAACUACCCUUGGUUCACAUUUUCUUCUGGGACCUGCAACUGCUCCUCCUGUCACUACAGAGUUGGAGAAUGGAACUGGUUUGGAGGGUGCCUGGAAGACUGGAGCGUACUUCAUAAGGACAAAAGUUUCCUGGAGACUGGUUUCACCACUCAGGCCUGCUUCUUUCCACUGGGAGCUGCUACCUGGCCUCAGCCUUCAGCCUCUUCCUCCUGCUGUUACCAGGUCAGGAACUCAGUAAGUGAGCUUGGCAAAAUGUGGAAGAAGAUGUUGAAAGCGACUCCCAGACCUUUGGCGCACCAUUUGGAUUUCUACUGUGUGACUUGUGUGGUGUUGAGGAACCCACAAAUCCCACAGGGCUCUGCCCUCAGUGACGUCGAUCAACACCACAUGAUCUUCAGGAAUGCCAGUUACCAAGGCUCCUGGAUGCAGCGACUGCUUCAGCUUUUUAACCUGGUGUGA